AUGUCGACGGUCCAAGUCCCCCCCACGCGCAUGAACCUCACGGUCUACAAGGCCAAGCGCGUUGCGGCCAAGAAGGGCUUUGAUCUCUUGAAGAAGAAGGCCGACGCCUUGAAGAUGCGCUUCCAGGCCAUGCUUCGCGAGAUCCAAAAGACAAAAAUGACCAUGUCCCAAGAUGCUGCCGAUGCGUUCUUCUCGCUGUCGCAGGCGCAGUACGCGGCCGGCGACUUCCGCCACAAGGUCAUUGAGUCGGUGACGACGGCCGAGUUCCGCCUCGAGAACCGCAUUGAUAACGUGGCCGGCGUCAAGCUGCCCGUCUUCACGGACGUCGAGACGGCGCGCGAGAAGAGCGAAAACAUUGGUCUCUCUGGCGGUGGCGGCAAGAUCCAGAACUGCCGCGACAAGUUCCGCCACCUCCUCAAGGCGCUCGUGAAGCUUGCGUCGCUCCAGACGUCGUUCGUCACGCUCGACGAGGCGCUCAAGGUCACGAACCGCCGUGUGAACGCGCUCGACAACGUCACGAUCCCGCGCAUUGAUAAGGUCAUCGACUACAUCUCGCGCGAGCUCGACGAGUUGGAGCGCGAGGACUUUGUGCGCAUCAAGAAGGUCCAGGCCAACAAGAUCCAGGCCGCGAAGGAGUUGGCGCUCGAGACGGAGGCGCAGGCUGCGGCCGAGGUCGCGUCGGGCGUCCCCGUCUUUACGGCGUCGGACCUCGAUAUCCUCGCUGCGUUCGAGCCGGCUGCGGACGCGGACGUUGUGUUUUAAACCAGUCCCGCUAUUGUAAUACAGACAGCGCUCUUUCGC